AUGUCGUCUAGAGCAUCGACAACCACCAAAACGGUCCCAGGCGAUGCCAGAAUCGGUUCGGGACUUCCAAAGUUGGCGACAACCUACAACCCACAACAGAGAACUCCGCCACCUGACAAUUUUGGUCAUAUCCAACCAUGUACACAUCUUACGUCCGUUCUCGAGACGAAAGCUCACGAUACGGUGAUGGCCACCUAUCGUCAGGCCGUGGCGGUGUCCAUAGCUAUCAAUCCGUUACUUCUGAAACAUGUGGUGUAUACACUGAAGAAAGACGGCCUGUUAGUACCGCAGGCCAAGUUGUCAGAAUACAAAUCACAGAUGCUUUUGUGUGGAGAAUGUCAAUUGUGCAACUUCUACCUGGUGUUCAUCUGCUUGCAAUGCCCCCAUGUGGGAUGCUACCAUGAACAUGCACUGAAACAUGCGAAGGAUCACAAUCACAUGUUUGCUAUCGAUUCCCAUAAUGGGCUUCUCUUCUGCUUCCAGUGUGGUGACUACAUCAAUCACGCAACACUCAAUCGCAUCCGACUCGGAGCAGUCGCCAACUGUGUGGGCACAGACAGUCCUCCAGAGACUGAGGGCGAAGAUGCUGAAUCUGUAGCUGCUAACUAUGUCAAACCGUCGUCGCAUGCGGUACAGGGCUUAAAAGGAAUCGUCAACUUGGGCUCCACUUGCUACAUGAGCAGCAUUUUGCAGACCAUGCUACAUAAUCCGUUGGUACGGUUUCAGUUCUUCAACAACGACUUGCACUACUUCAAUUGUGCGUCACAGAGCCACUACCACUCGGGUGAUGACCAGAUCGACGAAUCGUCGGCGUGCAUCACUUGCCUGAUGGACACUAUUUUCAAGGAAUUUUUCACUUCCACAUCCCACGAGGGCGCCGGAAUUACCAAUCUACUCAUGACCGCAUGGUACAAGAACCAGCUGCUUGCUGGAUUCCAAGAGCAGGAUGCACAUGAGUUCUGGCAGUUUUUGCUUAACGAAUUCCACAGUGACUACGAGAGAGUGGCUCGAAAAGCGGGCGUGGCCACCGAGCCAUGUAAAUGCGUGGCUCAUGCCACCUUUUCAGGUCAAUUAGAGAGUUCAGUAGCAUGUGGAAAUUGUGGAGCAGUCACAAAGACUGUCGAUCCGCUCGUGGACUUGUCGCUAGAGGUGCAUAACCUGAACAACAGGUCCAUCUACGACUGUUUGGACCAGUUUACUCACAACGAAGCCUUGGACGUUAAGUACAAGUGCCAAUCAUGUCUGGAGGAGACCAAGGCACACAGGUCACUCCGACUCAAGAAGAUUCCUCCGGUGCUCAGCAUCCAGCUCAAGAGAUUCAAGCAUAACUUUGCCAACGACACUGCAUCAAAGAUUGACGUGGACGUGGAUGCUCCGUUCUUCUUGAAUCUUACCAAAUAUGCAUCGGACUUCAAUGAGGAGUCGCUGGAUCCUAUCGACUCCAACAAAGUCUACGAACUCUUUGCUGUGAUCAACCACACAGGGCUGGUCAACACCGGCCACUACAUUGCGCUCAUUAAGAACAGCACGGGCCAAUGGUUUAAGUUUGAUGACAGUGUUAUCUCUCACGUUUCACACGAUGAGGUGAAGGCUACUAAGGCCUACCUUCUCUUCUAUAUAGCACACAACAUCUAG